AUGCCCCAACGUCAUGUCGUGCAGAUGUCCACCAGCCAUGCCAGCUACGGUGUCUGCGUGUUGGGUACCGAGGUCUUCCUCGACACGCGCCGAUCAACCCCCAAAGAUGCCACGUCAUUUGAUGUCUAUGCCACCUCUGCAGUUACAGUCCACAUGAUCCACAACCCCACCACCAGACCCAUGAUUAACUCCAGAUGGCCCCUGGAGCCUGAUAUUGAGAUUGUAGUGACCAUUGAUGUCACCAGCACAACAGUCAAUGACAAUAAGGUUAAGAUUUCAUAUUAUGGACGGGAAGACAAUGAGCUCUCAGUGGCUUGGUUGUAUCUCACCUGUGUAGACAUAUCCCUGGACGUGGACUUGAACCGGAAUGGCAGAGUGAACAGCAAAGGGAAGGACAAGGCCAGGUGGACAUGGGGUCCAGAUGGGCAAGGUGCUGUGCUGCUGGUCAACUGUGACCGGGACAGCCCUGGAGCAGGGGACACAGAUGGUGAGGAGGUGGGCAUAAGGACCACUGCAGACCUUCAGGACAUGUCUGUCAUGCUGCUGAGGACUCAGGGUCCCAAUGCCAUCUUUGCUGAGUACCAGGUGGUCCUGCACGUCCCCGAGUCGGACGCGGACAAAGUGCGGGUCUUCCACGCUAUCCGGACUGACUCACACCCCCGCUACAAACCCGUCUUGGGGCCAGACAAGCUCUCCUACGUGCUGGACCACGUUGGCAGUGGAGAAAACACCUUCUUUGUUGAAGGGUUGGCUUUCCCCGAUGCGGGCUUCUCUGGGUUGGUUUCCUUCAGUGCCAGCUUGCUGGAGGUCACCCAUAAGAAUUCACCAGGCACCCCCAUUUUCACGGACACGGUGGUUUUCCGUGUGGCACCCUGGAUAAUGACACCCAACACCCAGCUGCCCUUGGAGGUGUUUGUUUGCAGCAUCAAGAAGGGCCCAGAUCCCAACAAAGUCUUUCUGGAAGGUCUCCAGGUCCUGCUGAGGAAAGCCAACUGCAAGCUGACCAUCUGCUCGGAGAUGGAAACCCGGAGUGACCGCUGGAUCCAGGAUGAGCUGGAGUUUGGCUACGUGGAAGCACCACACAAGAGCUUCCCCGUUGUCUUUGACUCGCCCAGGAACAGAGGCUUGAAGGAUUUUGCUUUUAAAAAGAUCCUGGGCCCUGAUUUUGGCUAUGUGACCCGUGAACCCCCUGGGAAAGUCACCAGCCUGGACUCCUUUGGCAACCUGGACGUCAGCCCCCCGGUCACGGUGCGAGGGAAGGAAUAUCCCCUGGGCCGCAUCCUGAUCGGCAGCCCCCUGCCUUGGGCCCCCGGUCGGCGGAUGUCGAAGGCAGUCCGGGAUUUUCUUUACGCCCAGAAAGUCCAGGCGCCGGUGGAGGUUUACUCGGAGUGGUUGGCUGUGGGCCACGUGGAUGAAUUCCUCACCUUCGUCCCGGCUGUUGAUAGGAAGGGUUUCCGGCUCCUCUUGGCCAGCCCCAACGCCUGCUACAAGCUCUUCAAGGAGAAGCAGAGGCAGGGCCAUGGUGAAGCCUCACAGCUUGUUGGGCUGAAGGGCACUGAGAGGAGAAGCAUUGAUGAGAUCCUGGCAGAUGAGUCACUGAGGAAGGACAACAGGCACGUGCAGCGCUGCAUCGACUGGAACCGUGACCUCCUGAAGCAGGAGCUGGGCCUGAGCGAGCCAGACAUCAUUGACAUCCCCCAGCUCUUCAUCUUAAGUGGCUCCCGUGCAGAGGCCCUCUUCCCAGACAUGGUGAACAUGCUGGUGCUGGGCAGACACUUGGGCAUCCCCAAGCCCUUUGGACCAGAGGUGGGUGGGCAGUGCUGCCUGGAGGAGCGGGUACGGGAGCUGCUGGAGCCCCUGGGCCUCACCUGCACCUUCAUUGAUGACUACUUCUCCUACCAUGUCCUCUGUGGGGAGGUCCACUGUGGCACCAACGUCCUCCGGAAACCCUUUGCCUUCAAGUGGUGGCACAUGGUGCCUUGA